AUGAGCGAGAAGGCCCCACCGCAGCCGCCGGACCCCCGCGAAGAAGGGUACGACUACCGGCUCGACGUGUCCAUCGGAGACAAGAACGACGAUCGCUUCUGGGGCGAGGAGAUCGUGAAACCCAGCCGAAAGCUAUCUUUUGAGCGUGACAUCCGUGUGCAGGAGUUCGAAAAAGAGCGCAGAUCGUGCGAGGUGCGCAAGCUUGUGCGCUCGCCUGAAACCAAGGCGCGUGCCGCUGAACCAUCGCUCGAAAGCAGCGGUUCGGCAUCGCAGAAGAGUCGCAGAAGCCGCCAAAAGAGAAGCAAGAAGCGAAAGUCCAAAAAGAAGAGAAAGAAGAAAAAGAAGAGGAGGCGCAGCAGAGAUGACAGCAGCUCAACGGCGACCACCGGCAAGACGACUGAGUCCAGGGAGUCCUUGGGCGCAUCGUUGUCGCAGCUGGUAUCUCCAGCAGUUGCGAACACCUCCACAGCUGCAGCACCAGAGAGCCCUCUUAUGGACGAGAGAGCCAUGGAUGCAGCGACCAUUGGAGAACCUGCAGGCGUGAUACAGCCGACAGAAGUGACCGCGACAGAGCCACUGAAACAAAAGAGUAGACGGGAUAAGCAGCACCGGUCUUCACGCGAAGACGACUUGGCUGCUAUCGGGACACCGGCCAGCGGCGGUGAAGCGAUGGGUUCUACCAACAUGUACAGCCAGCAAUGGACAACGGACACAAUAAACCGGCAGGGAGACUACCGACAGCCACGACUACCGACAACAGAGGGCGCAUAUGACCAGCGAACAAGCGACAACAGUGCCCACGCAAUGCCGUAUCAGCACGCACAAGACAUUCAACGGUGGGAAACCGGGCACUUGAAUCGCCUUUACCAACAAGUACACCAACUGCGCUGUCAGCUCGAUAUGGCUAGACAGAUUCAGUGUACUGCCACAACACCAACACAAUUCAACGCUGCCGAGUUACAGAAAGGACAAGAGACUCGCUGUACGUGUCGGCAGAUGGAGGGAUCUUACGAAAAGCAGCAGGCUAAGCAGAUGAGAAAAAUGAGAGACGCCACUGAUGACCAGAGAGUGCAAGACGCUCGCCAGAGGUGCCACGAUAUGGAGAAAGCCUACGAAAAACAGCAGGCUGAUCAGUUCGCUCGCCAGCGAUGUCAUGAGACGGAGGGAGCUUACGAAAAGCAGCAGGCUGAGCAGAUGAGAAAAAUGAGAGACGACACUGAUGACCAGAGAGCGCAAGACGCUCGCCAGAGGUGCCGCGAUAUGGAGAGAGCCUACGAAAAGCAGCAGGCUGAGCUUUCGGGACAAUUUGGGAAUGUCGCUAAUGACGAGACAGCGCAAGCCACUCGCCAGAAGUGUCGCGAGAUGGAGAGUGCUUACGAAAAGCAGCAGGCUGACAUGUUGAGCAAAAUGAGAGAUGCCACUGAUCAUGAGACACCACGAGAGGCUCGCCAACGGUGUCGCGAAAUGGAGAGAACUUAUGAAAAGGAACAGGCUGACAUUUUGAGCAAAAUAAGAGAGGCCACUGACGAUGAGACACCACGAGAGGCUCGACAGAGAUGUCACGAGAUGGAGAGAGCUUACGAAAAACAGCAGGCUGAGCUUUUGGGACAAGUUGGGAAUGUAUCUAAUGACAAAACAGCGCGAGACGCUCGCCAGAAGUGUCGCGAGAUGGAGAGAACCUACGAAAAGCAACAGGCUGAGCAAUUGACAGAGACUGGAAAAGACGAAGAAGUUCACGUGAAGAACGGCGAAGACGAAGAGAGGCGCGCCGAAAAUGUCAGUACAAUGGAGAAAGCAUAUGAACUGGAACAAGCAGCACAUGCAGUACAAAAACUCACAAGGGAUGGCGCGUGA